AUUAAGGAUUUGUUAGCUGCUCUCAGAGCAUUUGCGGUGCUAAGCUUAUAUGUUCCUGUUACAGCGUGUGACCUUGUUAGCUGACUAAUUAGGAGUUAGCUGACCAAAUAGGAGUACGACUGGAGUCCACUUUGUCUGGGGACUGCGAGCAGAGGAAGAGAUGUCGGGAGAAAGUGUGGUGAGCUCAGCAGUGCCGGCGGCUGCAACUCGCACAACCUCCUUCAAAGGGACGAGUCCGAGCUCCAAGUAUGUCAAGCUGAACAUCGGCGGUGCUCUCUACUACACCACCAUGCAGACCCUGACCAAGCAGGACACCAUGCUCAAGGCCAUGUUCAGCGGCCGAAUGGAAGUCCUCACGGAUAGUGAAGGUUGGAUCCUGAUUGACCGCUGUGGAAAACAUUUUGGGACAAUACUGAACUACCUGCGUGAUGGGGCUGUGCCGCUCCCCGAGAGCCGCAGGGAGAUAGAAGAGUUGUUGGCUGAAGCAAAGUACUACCUUGUCCAGGGGCUGGUGGACGAGUGCCAGGCAGCCUUGCAGCAGAACAAAGAUGCAUAUGAACCGUUCUGCAAGGUACCAGUCAUCACAUCUUCCAAAGAAGAGCAAAAACUUAUAGCCACUUCUAACAAGCCAGCAGUGAAGCUGCUAUAUAACAGAAGCAACAACAAAUAUUCCUACACUAGCAACUCUGACGACAACAUGCUGAAGAACAUUGAGCUAUUUGAUAAGCUUUCCUUGAGGUUUAAUGGGAGAGUGCUCUUUAUAAAAGAUGUGAUUGGAGAUGAGAUCUGCUGCUGGUCUUUUUACGGGCAGGGGCGGAAGAUUGCCGAAGUCUGUUGCACUUCCAUUGUUUACGCUACUGAGAAAAAACAGACAAAGGUGGAGUUCCCAGAAGCCCGCAUUUACGAGGAGACACUGAACAUUCUGCUGUACGAGUCCCAGGAUGGGAGAGGACCUGACAACGCACUCUUGGAAGCCACAGGAGGGGCAGCUGGCCGCUCCCAUCACUUAGAUGAAGAUGAGGAGCGAGAGCGCAUCGAACGUGUGCGGAGAAUUCAUAUUAAACGUCCAGAUGACAGGGCCCAUCUGCAUCAGUGAGCCGAGCGACAGCCGCAGAGUCACAGCUCUGCUUGGAAGGUGCUGCCCUUCGUCUGACCCAUUACCUGCAGCAGAGGACCAGGCGGUUUAACUUCUGUUCAGCAAAGUCUGUAAAUUACGUUUUGUAACAAACUAGAUUAUUUGGGGUAUUUAAAUGCAGUAGUUCUAGGACAAGAAUAAAUAAGGUUACUGGGCAUAUGAUAGAUAAUGUAAGGACCUAUUGAGCAUCUGGAGAAAUGCCCUGAAUUUUUAGCACUCUCGUUUUUGGUAUUUUGUGGCUAGGGAGGAAGAGGGCUGGCUUCCUUUGGCUUUAGUAAUUAUCCUGCACUUUAAAAACAAAACAAAAAACAAACAAACAAAAAGGUCAGUCAGCCAUAUACCUUCCCUCCGGGCACUCCUUGACCCUGACUCCUCCUAGGCGUUCAGGCGUGGGAGAAAUGCGUUGAUCUAACCACACCAGCGCUAUGCAGAGCUGCCUUUCUCCCAGGCCUGUAGGUGGUAGAGUUGGUAGCUCAGGGUUGCCUUGGUGUGACUCCUGGAAGGACAAAUGACACAUGCUGACUGGAUUCCUGUAGUGCUGGGAGGCAGAGGGAGCCCUCUUGAAGCGGUGGGAGGGAGCUGGUGGGAGGGAGCUGGGGGAGCUGCGUGGGCUUGGCUGGCUGUGGCUCCCUGCAGCUUUUGGGACCUGCUCUGCAAAGAGUUCAGCGGAGCUUCUACAGCAGUGGACUGUGGAGACCCACCCCUGCUUUAUCCAUACAGUUCGAGGGUGGAAGACGUUAAAAUUCCUCCAAAAGGAGGAUCAGGAGUAAAUUGUACGCGAUUGCUUUUCCUUAGGGUGGUGUUGCUACCCGGUAGCUCUCAGAACUUCUGCCUGACCCUGGAUCUCAGCUGGGGAGUUUAUUUCCAUCAGAUCACAGGUCAGUAAGCUGUGCUUUCUUUACUACAGGUAAAGCAGUAGUCAUAACGGGUUCAAACACUCUGUGCCAGCCUAGCCUAGGUAGGAGGCCAGCAGCCGUAGUUCAGUUCUGUAACUGAUACAGGAGCAUCGUCUUGCUUUGAGCAAGGGCAGUGUGAGUACCAUGGGGAAGAGGAGUAGACAGUGGCCCAGAGGCAGUUAUUCCUUGCUUGACUCUAUCCUGAGUGUAUUCCAAGUCUUUUCAGAAAUGGCAGCUGUGUGUGAAAGGACAGAGCUAAAAUGUUGUGUAGAGAAGACCUCUGUAGUCUAGUUUUCUAAGAGUAGUUUUCUAUUAUAAAUGAAUAUUUUAUCUACCUCCUCAUCUCUUGUUGCCUGUUGUGGAGUCAAGUAACAAUUAUAGUGGAAGAUGGUGUGUUAUUCAAUAGGACUGGAUGCUAAAGGAUAAUGAGCAGAGCCACAGGUGUAAUGGUUAAUGUAACAAAUACUGAGAGGGAGAGAAACCCAACGUAGGAAGUCUUAAACUUGCAGUCAGGCUGGCACCUUGGCAGACACCACAGAGUACUUUGGCCUAUUCUAGCAGGUUUUUGACCUUUCAUCCGGAAUAUCUGGCCUUAAUGACUGGACAUCUGACACAGAGCAGCUGCUCUGUGUUCCUGGUCCUCAGUGAGGUGGUUUUUUGCUUUUGCUCAACUUCCUGCUGCAAGGAUUCCUUCUCCUGGCUCAGGGCUGCUAAUGGCAUGUUAACAUUUUAAAAACCAAAGGUGUUGCCAGCAUCACCAGCUUUGUGACUCCGAUGCUUCUAUUUCAAAUAGCAGUUACAUCCCAAACUACAUUUAGCUUGUUUGUAAGGCUAAAAUAAAGCAUUGUUGGUUCAGUGUUGCAAUUUUAGAUCAUCAAGUAAAGCUAAAAAGAUUUCAAAGUUAGGCUGAGGUAAUCUUUCUAGUAACCAAAGACUUAUUCUAAGUUACAGACUGCUGCUGUCUGUGGCAGAUUUGGUUGUUGUACCUGUCUCCUCCACUCAUUCUUCUUCAGCUACUGAUUUCUAAGAGCUCAACAGUGAACAGUUAUGCUGUAGUUCAGCAGCCUCGGCUAUGCCCUGACAGGUGUGGGCUUCUGUUUUAAGCUGUGCUUAAACAUGUUUGUGAGAAGCCCGUAGUGCAGAUUGUUGCGAAGGUCCCAGUGCCUCUCCCUUCUUACCUUCCUGAUGCGAUAAGCUGGGGAGUGUGGACAGAAAGCCCUCUGAAUUGCUCUGCUGCUGCAGCACAGUGUACUUUGACACUUUUGGCACGUUACUGGGCUGUUUUAUGGGUUUCUGAGCGUCUGUAGCAGACCUGCUGCCCUUGAAAAGGGGUCUGGGCUCCGUGCUACAGCAAAGCCAUUUGAGCUUCCAUCUCUCAGCGGCCCUGCUGUGCUGCUGCCAGGCGUCAGGUGAAAGGAAACACCAGCCGAUUGCUGUAGAACAGGUCAAUAGUCCUGCAGCAAACCCUGCUCGCUUCGUUAACGCUAGAGAGCUGGCUCUGUCCUGUGAGAGAGGAGGGACAGGCCACCUCCGUCCUCAGCUGUGCUGAGCUCCCCGCUUUCCCCGUACAGUGCAGGGGAGACUCCAGCAACCCAGCACUGGCUGCUCAAAAUCCAGUCACGUCCUGUGGUGCAGGUGCAGGAGCAGGUUCAGCUCCGGGAGGUGACACGUGUUGACACCAGUGCUAAGCACCUGACAGAUCGCAUCUAUGUGAUUAACUUCUCUGUAAAUAGAUUCUUAACUGGCUUCAGGAUUUCCUCUUUCAGGUUUUGCAAACUAAGUUCUUAAAAACCAGGGGAUGAUUAUUUUUAAUCUUUGUACAGCGGUUUAUAUAGCUAUUGAUUUAGUAAGUCACUCCAGGAGAGUUUUGAGUAAGUUUCAGUUUUGUUACUGCAUUUAUAGGCAGACUCUGCCUUAACACACUCCUGACUUAACCCUCUGCGUGCUGUAGUUGUGUAGUAAAGUUGUACUGCUGUUGUAUUAAAUGUCCUUUACCUACUG